GCUCUGUCUGCUGCAAAAAACUAAAGAAAAUUUUCCCAUCGGGUCAAAUCCUCAACCAACACUCACUGGGUACAUUCUUUUGAAGUGCUUUAACCCACAACUACGGCUUCAAAGUGGCAAUCGUCGAGCGCUAAGGAGGCAACCGAACGCACACCGCUCAUGGACGGCCAUGUCAAUGCCUCGUCCUCGUCAAGGAGUGGCGCUGGCGCUGAUGGUAGUGGCCUGAGCGGCGCAGCAGAGCGUUUGGAGCGUCCUCCAAAGCGAACACAACAAAGGGGCAAUUAUGGCUCCAAUAAUCAGGAUCAAACAGAUGCGGCUGUACUUGCCGUCCCCAGUGUGGCGGUAAGGGGCUCUUCGGCUUCUCGACCAUCAAGAUUAAGUGGCGGCGGCGGCGGUGGCGGUGGCGCCGGACCUCCCCCAAAUGAAACAGAAGAGGAUCAGGGCUUGAAAUACGGCGCCCAGCAUGUCAUCAAACUGUUUGUGCCCGUCUCCUUGUGCAUGCUGUUGGUGGUGGCCACAAUCAACUCGAUCAGCUUCUACUCCAGCACUGAUGUCUAUCUUCUGUACACUCCGUUCCAUGAGCUCUCGCCGGAGCCCAGUGUCAAAUUCUGGAAUGCUCUGGCCAAUUCAUUGAUUCUGAUGAGCGUGGUGGUUGUGAUGACUAUUCUAUUGAUAGUCCUCUAUAAGAAGCGUUGCUACCGCAUCAUCCAUGGUUGGUUAAUUCUCUCUUCGUUCAUGCUCCUGUUCAUUUUCACGUACUUAUACUUGGAGGAGCUCCUGCGCGCUUACAACGUACCCAUGGACUACCCCACUGCCCUGCUCUUUAUGUGGAACUUUGGUGUGGCUGGAAUGAUGUCCAUACAUUGGCAGGGACCUUUGCGUCUGCAACAGGGAUACCUCAUAUUCGUUGCAGCCCUCAUGGCACUGGUCUUUAUUAAAUAUCUCCCAGAGUGGACUGCCUGGGCUGUCUUGGCCGCAAUUUCUAUUUGGGAUCUCAUAGCUGUCCUUACACCAAGAGGACCGCUGCGCAUAUUAGUGGAAACUGCUCAGGAACGAAAUGAGCAAAUUUUCCCCGCUCUGAUCUACUCAUCCACUGUUAUUUAUACGCUUAUGGGCACACAUUAUACACCGCAACAAUCGGCGGAGCCCGCAGUCACUUCAUCGCCCUCGUCGAGCAACUCGACUACAACUACGAGAGCCACACAAAACUCUCUGGCAUCCCCAGAGGCAGCUGUGGCCAGCAGCAGCUCCCGCUCAGGUAAUACUCGAACACAUCCUCACCAGAAUCAGCGGGAUGAUAGCAACGUAAUGGCAGCUGAAGGUAUGCCACUUGUGACUUUUAAAAGCAAUUUGCGCGGAAACGCUGAGGCAGCAGGCUUCACCCAGGAAUGGUCUGACAACCUCAAUGAUCGCGUGGCACGUCGUCAGAUUGAAGUUCAGAGUACACAGAGCGGCAAUGCCCAACGUUCCAACGAGUAUCGUACUGUCACAGCACCAGAUCAGGCCCCAGCAGAUGCCCAGGAGGAGCGUGGCAUCAAAUUGGGGCUCGGCGACUUCAUCUUCUACUCGGUAUUAGUGGGUAAAGCCUCCAGUUAUGGCGACUGGACCACAACGAUUGCAUGCUUUGUGGCCAUCUUGAUUGGACUUUGUCUCACGCUGCUACUCCUGGCCGUUUGGCGCAAGGCUUUGCCAGCCCUGCCCAUUUCCAUCACCUUUGGCUUGAUAUUCUGCUUUGCCACGAGCGCUGUGGUUAAGCCGUUCAUGGAGAACCUGUCGGCCAAGCAGGUGUUUAUAUAAGAAAGAGACAUACAAGAAUUUAGUGGACAAGGACAAGUCGAUGUCCUUCUUAUCAUAGUCUAAAAAAGCUUUUUAAAAUCAAAUCUUUAUUAACAAAAUGCAUAGUAACACAAAUAACUAUUUCUUGCGCCUCAUUA